AUGCGCCCGGUAUUACUCAAGACAGCUUUCCAGCCCGCCUCUGUCACGAGAAGCGCCGGCUCUGUCUCUCGACGAGCCUUCUCCGCGUCACGACAGUUGAAUGGAGCAAAUUUAAUACACAAUUCUGUCCGCCGGCCCGACGACCUACACUCAUAUAUCCUACUUUCCUCAUCGGCCCGGGCGCCGCUCAUCACGCUGUGGACGACCAACUGGUGCGCGACCUGCAAAGUCGUCUCGCCGCUGCUGCGCGAGCUGAUCGAGUCCGGGGUGGGCGAGGCCGAGGGCGGCGUCCACUACGCCACCGUCGAGUACGACUGCCCGGACAUUAUGAGCGGCGGGCUCGGCAUGACCUACAUGAUCAAUGGCAUCCCGACGCUGCUCAGCAUCGAUGCCGGCGAGCCCCAGACCGAGACCAAGACGGCCGACGCUCGCAAGCUCGGCGACCGCGCCUGGCUCGAGGAGUGGAUUAGAAAUGAGGCUCGGCGCCACGGUGGUCGAGGUGGUGGCGGCGGAAGUGGUAGUAUUUUUGGAGGUUUGUUCGGCAGCCUAAAAUAA